UGGGUAAUCCUGUCAGCAACAAAACUCAAAAGCCUGCUUUACCUUCCCUUCCCUUGUGCUAAUAAUAAUAAUCUAUCAUGAGUAGCUUUUUCAUCCGCAACACCACCUCUACCGCCCUCCUCGGCGGCGCCCCACUACAUCACCAACAGCCUAAAAUCCCACCGAUCCGGGCCAGCUCAGAAAAAAAAACGACAUGUCGUCGAAGCAUCGUGACCACAUUCUUAGCAGCGUCGUUGGGCAUGGGACUGAGUUCCGCGGCUACGACACCAAUGGCAGUGGCCCAAAAUUGGGGGACCCGUUCGUUCAUUAAGGAACGAUUCUUCGAGCCCGGGUUGUCUCCGGAGGACGCGGUGGCUAGAAUCAGACAGACGGCGGAGGGGCUCCGGAGCAUAAGGGAGAUGCUGGAGAACAUGUCGUGGAGGUAUGUUCUGUUCUACAUUCGGCUUAAAACGGCGUAUCUUAAUCAGGAUCUCAAGAACGCCAUGACUAUUUUGCCCCAAGCUCGCCUCAAGGAUUAUGUCAAGGCCGCUAAUGAAUUGGUUGAUAACAUGUCCGAGCUGGACCAUUUCGUACGGACGCCAAAGAUUUAUGAGUCAUACCUUUACUACGAGAAGACCUUGAAAUCAAUAGACGAUGUUGUGGCAUUACUAUAGCUAAUUAGCCAUGUAUACGGAACUCUACUCCUGUAUAUGUUUUUACACUUCUCUUACUUCUAUAUUAAUUUUCCGAAGCAUUUAUCCCUCUUCA